UAUAAGAGGAAACACUAAAUUUGUCUGCUCCAAAGUCACUCAUACAUGUCCGAGUUAAGUUUAUUUGUGGUAAUCGCUGUUUUGAGUUUCGUUUUAGCCGUUAGGUGUACUAGAAUUUUCGGUUAGGCAAAGAAACAAGUUAGGAUAGGGACCACGCAUGCGCAGUAUCCUUCUGGAUAUUUCCUCACGUGGAGCGAUUCCCCUUCACUGUGUCAGAUCCACGCUCAAGAAGAAAUCGGGGUGCAGCUCCACGCCGGCUUUUAGACCACUUUUACGUGCAGACAUGGCCUUCAGAAAAUUCCUCCCGUUGUUCGACCGGGUGCUGGUGGAGCGCUUCACAGCAGAGACGGUAACAAAAGGCGGCAUCAUGCUGCCAGAGAAGUCUCAAGGCAAAGUGCUGCAGGCCACAGUGGUGGCAGUCGGACCCGGCUCUGUGAAUCAGAAAGGAGAUCUGCAGCCGGUCAGCGUGAAAGUUGGAGAGAAAGUUCUCCUGCCAGAGUACGGUGGAACUAAAGUCAGUCUGGAUGAUAAGGACUAUUUCCUGUUCCGAGAUGGAGAUAUCCUUGGUAAAUACGUUGAUUGAAUUUGAUUUUGUUUUCGUCGCUGUAGAAGUCCCCACCAUCGCCUGGAAGAGAAGAAAUUAUGUUGUCUCAUUCAUGUCUUUUUUUUCUAUGUUAUUUCAAUUGUAAAUAAUUCUAAUCACAUUUUGUUACAAUAAUAAAGGUGAACUGUUGGA